UAGAAAAUGCAGAAUAAAAGGGGAAAAAGUUUAAAAAAAGGUGAAAUAAAGGACAAGUUCUUGGCGGGGGGGCGGGAACCGGCUCCCCCUCAGCCGCCGCGCGCAGGCGCCAUCUUGGCCGCGGCCGCCAUCUUGAGCGUGGCUGCGGCAACGUUCCACCCGGCCGCCAUCUUGAGUGUGGCCCGGGGCGCUUCUGCGCAUGCGUCACGUCCGCCUGCCGGGACACGUCACGGGCGGAAGGGGCGGGGCCGGCGCUGUCAUGGCGGCGCCGGUGGAGGAGAAGGAGGCGGCGGCGGCGGAGCCCGAGGCGGGGGACGGGGAUGGGGACGGGGACGAGGCGGCGCUGAGGAGGCUGGAGGAGCUGGUGGAGGAGCUGUAUCGCUUCCGCGCCCGCCUGCCCCAUAGCGCCGGGGGUCAGAGCCCCACAGAUGACCCCGCCUGCCCCACGGACGCCCCCGCCUGCCCCACGGAUGUCCCCGGCUGCCCCACAGAUGACCCCGCCUGCCCCACAGAUGCCCACGGCUGCCCCACGGCUGACCCUGAUGACCUGGUGGCAGAGAUGGAGCGGACGCUGCAGCUGAUGGAGGCCGUGCACGUCUCCCCGCAGGCGCGGGGCCGGGCGCUGGUGCUGCGGGCGCGGGCGCUGGGGGUCUGCGCCGCCGGAGCCCCCCGCGCUGAGCAGAGCCUGAGCCGUGCCGUGAAGCUGGAGCCGGGGCUGGGGGUGGCCUGGACCCGCCUGGGGGAGGCCCGCUGGGGGAGGGGCGACCUGGCGGGGGCCCGAGCCUGCUUCGCGGGGGCCCUGGCCCAUGGGGAGGACGCGGAGGCGCGGCGGCUGCUCUCCAUGGCGCUGCGGGCGGGGGGCGGCGCGGGGGGGGGCGCGGGGGGGUCCCUGCGCCAGAGCCUGGCCCAGGCCGAGGCCGCCGUGCGCUGCGCCCCCGCCGACGGGCGCUCCUGGUACGUGCUGGGCAACGCCUACGUGUCGCUGUUCUUCGCGGGGGGGCAGAGCCCCGACCACGCCCGCCGCGCCCUGGGGGCCUACGCACAGGCGGAGCGGGUGGACCCGGAGGCGGCCAAUAACCCCGACCUGCACCUGAACCGCGCCACCCUGCUGCAGUACGAGGAGCGCUUCGGGGCGGCGCUGGAGGGGCUGGGCCGGGCGUCGGCCCUUGCCCCGCGGUGGGAGGAGCCUCGGCGGCGCCACGCCCACCUGCUCGACUUCCUGGGCCGCCUCUGCGCUCUGCUGGCCAAUCGGGGGAAGCUGCGCGGGAAGCGCCGCCGGGGGCUGCAGGGGCCCCUCCCCCCCUCGCUGCUGGGCCCCCUGGGGGGGCCGGGGGGGCCGCGCCCCUCCCCCCUCGCCGCCCUGCGCCCGGGGCCCAACCCCCGCCGCGCCCUGCUGGCCCGCGUCAUCUUCAGCCUCACCCCCGAGGGGGGGCGUGCCCUAGUCAUGGGCGUGGCCGACGGGGCGGGGGGCGUGGCGGCCGUGACCGUGUACAACGCGGCGCCCGAUUGGGGGGUGCUGGUGGGCGACGCCCUGGCCCUGCCCGAGCCAAUCCUGCGGCAGCACCACGUGGCGCAUCAGGGCAAGACCUUCUCCUUCCUGGGCAUCCGCGUCUCGUCGCCGCUGUCGCUCGUCGUCAACGGGCGCCGCCCGCCCGGCCCCGCCCUGGCCCCCGCCCGCCUGGCGCUGCGCAACGACCCCGCCCCCGCGGCCACGCCCCCACCCCAUGCCCCGCCCGACGCCCCCAGUAACGCCGGGGCCCGGUGGGAAUAAAGCCUGCUGAUUGG